AGAAAACCUCAAUUCAAUUCCCCCCAAUAUGAUCAAAACCAUGGCGCCCUCAGCUCUACCCAGAAACGGGUUCAAGAAAAACCACAGACCCGAAUCCAACAUCGCCACCAUUGACGUCGGCGGCCAGCUCUUCCAGACCACCAAGCAAACCCUAACCCUAGCCGGCCCGGACUCUCUCCUCUCCAAAAUCUCCGACUCCGCCGCACCUCACCUCCCUCCUCCCUUCAUCGACCGCGACCCGGAGCUCUUCUCCAUCCUCCUCUCGCUCCUCCGCACCGGAAAUCUCCCCUCAAAGGCCAAAGCUUUGGACCUCCAUGACCUAAUUUCCGAGUCCCAAUUCUACGGCAUCGAAACCCUAAUGGUCGAUUCCCGCUCCAACCCAGAUCAUUUCGACGCGUUCAACCUCGAAAAGUCGCUGACUUUGCCGCUGAACGGCCGCGACUCGCCGUCGGUGAUCGCCACGACGCCGUUUGGCUCCGUUCACGUGGCGCACGGCAGCAAGAUCACGUCGUUUGAUUGGUCGCUGGGGAAGAAGGCCACGAUUCUGACGGAAUUCUCCGCCGUGGACUCUAUGCUGGCGGUUUCGACGGAGCUCGCGGCGGUGGGGGCCACGGACUUCUCGGGGCUCCAGAUUGUUGAUCUCGGAACCGGGUCGGUGAGGGAGACGCUGAGUUGGGAGAAUGUGACCCGGUCCGGGUCGACAGUGCAGGCAAUCGGGUCGUCGCAGGAGUCUCUGUUUGUGAGUUUCGAGUCCAGUAGGCGAAACUCGAAUUCGAUUAUGAUUUAUGAUUUGAAUACAAUGUGCCCGGUUAAUGAGAUUGGGCAUUAUGAGAUUUUCGGUGCCCAGAUCAACUCGGCAUUGCCGGCUACGAAGCUGAAAUGGGUGCCGGGUUAUAAUCUGUUGAUGGCUUCCGGGUCUCACAGUGGGCCUUCCGGAGUGUGUGGUAAUAUUAAGUUUUGGGAUAUAAGGUCGGGGAAUGUGGCGUGGGAGGUAAAUGAGAAAGUUGAUUGCUUUUCGGAUGUAACUGUCUCGGAAGAGCUGUCUGCAAUGUUCAAGAUUGGUGUGAAUUCCGGGGAGGUGUUCUAUGCGGAUUUGAGGAGUUUGAGUUUAGGUGUGGAGCAGCCUUGGGUUUGUCUUGGUGAUAAGAGGAAGAUGGUUAGUGGUAAGAAGGAGGGUGUUGGGUGUAGGAUUGAGAGCCAUGGGAGCCAAGUGUAUUGUAGCAAGGGUGGGGAUUUGGAGCUGUGGUCUGAGGUAGCGGUGGGUUCUAGGAAGAGCAGUGGAGGGGGGUCAGAAGCUAGGCACUUUCGGAAGAAUGUGAUGGGGAGAAUGAAGGAUAUGGGAGGUUCCAGGAUAACCAACUUGGCGUUUGGAGGGAACAAGAUGUUCAUGACGAGGAAGGACCAGCAAUAUGUUGAGGUUUGGCAGAAUUCUGCUAGAGGAUAUUGAUCCCAAAAGGGUUAUAAUUGUUAUGGUUGAGAAAAUCAGUCAAUGUUGUUGUAAUAUAAUGUGUCAGCUAGCUUGAUUUGUUUGUAAAUCAUAUGGUAGCUUAGCAAGUGAUCAUUCUUUUAUUCUGAUGUCCAGUUAUCAAUUGUUUAUAAAUGAUUUAUUGAAUCAAUUCAAUGAGAAAAGGUUGCAUC